UCUGGGGUGUGUACUUAAAAAGAGGGCUGGGUAAAAGUGGGCGGAUGGGUAGUUUCUACUGUUUGCGCUUUCAAACGCUGAGUCUGAAAUUAGUAUCCCUGAGAGCAGGAGGAAUUAGACCUGAAGAGACAAGCAGCCAACUGACACACCGCCAUCAUGCUGAUUCUCCUCGCUGGCAUCUUCGUCCUGCACAUUUUAGCCAUCAUCCUCCUCCUGGUGGCUACUAUUGACAAUGCCUGGUGGAUGACUGAAACCACGUCCACAGACGUCUGGGCCCGGUGGAUUAACCAGAACGGGAUCUGGAACUACACGGACCUUCCCGAUCAUUACCCAACAGAGUACCUCCAGGCGGUGCAGGCCAGCGCGGUACUAGCCUGUAUAUUCUCCAUCCUGGGCAUCUUCGUGUUCGUGGCUCAGCUCUUCACCCUCCCGAAAGGACAGAGGUUCACCAUCUCGGGCGUCUUUCAGAUCCUCGCCUGCCUGUGCAUCAUGAUCGCCGCCUCCAUCUACACAGACCGCUUCCACCUGGACGAGGCUGACGGCUGGUAUGGCCACUGCUUCAUCCUGGCAUGGAUCGCCUUCGCUCUCACCUUCAUCUCCUCCAUCAUUUAUUUUGUCCUACGUAAGAAAACCGCGUGAGAAGGACACUUGAACUCGCGCCGGCCUCGAACCCGAAUCCCCUCCCCCGGGCUGGAUCUACUCUUCCAGCUUCCUUCUGGUUUUUUUUUUUUUUUUUUAGCUGAAGAUGAGUUUGUGUAUCAAUUCGUCUGGUUUUUUUGUUUUUUUUUUGGACAUCAGAUUUGAGCUGUGAGCGUAUUUCCAGCCGCAGAUCCUCCGCUGAUCCCCUCUCAUACACACCGGUGUUUAACUGAGCCUGCUUUCAGAUUAUCGGCCUCGCCGGAUUGUUUUGGUUCUUCCUGCUGUAAAAAAAACAAAAAAAAACAAAAACAAAAAAGCCGGCUCAUUCAAUCACAUUUGAGGGCAAAGUCGGGCUGGAUUUAUUGAGGGCAUCGAACGAUUAAGAAUAUUUUCGUUGUUAACUGAAUAAAAAGGCCUUAAUGUUUAUAAGAUGCUAUGAUAAAUUAAGAUCUAUCCCUAGUCCUGACUUACAAGACGAGUCAAAUCUGUGGUCUUUUUUUUUUUUUUUCGUUUGUAUGUACAUUUAAACAUGAAUACAUGAGUGUUAGAUAAUAAAAAAAACAACAAAAAAACAAAACAAAAAGCGGGGAAAGUUGUGAUUUGAGUUCUUUUUAUUUGCUUCUUUUGUUGUUGUUGUUGUUCCUGAAUCUGCUCUGGUUUUAUUUCCUAUAAUCCACCACUAAAAAAAAACAGCCAAGACUAAAUCUAAGAAGACAAUGAUAUGAACACUGUAAAGGCAGAGAGCCUGCUCAGAGAUGUUUACACUAAAUUAUUACGCUACAGGUUUGUUUUCUUCAGAAAACAUCCGGUCAGUUAACUCUUUUGAUUAGAAGAAUUGGUCCUUUCCGAUGAGCCGCUUCCACAUGGCGAAGAGGCACGAGAUGUAAUGUGUAAAUACCGUUUGUUUCCCUCCGAGCUCCGUCUGUCUGAUGCUGUUUUAUUUUUGCUACCGUUAUUUGCCUAUAUGAAUGUCAAUGAGAAUAAUUUUUACAAUAUUAAAACUUGAUUUCCAUCCA